AUGGCCCGCGUGGCCGGUACCAUCAAACCCAUCUCGGCCAUCACCAACCCUCUCCCGACGCAGAAAUUGAACAUAUAUGCAUUUGGUACUGGUGACAAUGCCGAGCUGGGCCUUGGGCCAGAGGUUAACGCAAUGGUUUUCAAGCGUCCCAGAUUGAAUGCCCAUCUCCUCCCCGAUAAGGUGGGAAUAGUUGCCGUUGCAAUUGGUGGUAUGCAUGGCUUAGCCUUAUCGUACGAGGGGAAGGUGUACUCUUGGGGUGCCAAUGAUCACUAUGCUCUUGGGAGAGCGACCACGCAUACACCUCUGACCCGGGUUGUGUGUUCCGGUGAUGAUGGCGACAACGACUGCGACGACGAAGUGGCCUUGAAUCCAUUGGAGAGUACGCCAAUGCUGAUUACAGGGUUCCCGGAGGGGACUGUGAUUAUGAGUAUUGCUACCGGUGACAGUAUUUCGAUUACUGUUACCGACACUAGUAGGGUUUACGGAUGGGAAACAUUUAGGGUAUGUGAUUAAUUCUCCAUUCGGGGUUAGUAGUUAAUUUAAUGUUUAGUGCGCCGACGGCAUUCUCAGAUUCAAUGAGAGGACUAGUGUACAGGAGGUUCCCGUCCUGCUACCUACGCCUCAGAGCAUUGUUCGGGUCAGUAUUGGUACUGAUCACGUCCUUGGCCUUACCAAGGAAGGAGACGUGUACGCGUGGGGCAACUGUCAGCAAUCCCAGCUCGGAAGGCAUGUCUCUGAGACGUCGCCUCACCGGGCUGACCCCUCGCCAGGUAUCCCUUCCCCGGCGCCAGGUCAAGUACGUUGCGACUGGCUCAUAUUAUUCUUUCGCAAAUACCCGGGAUGGCAGUGUCUGAGCAUGGGGGCUCAAUCAAUAUGGGCAAUGUGGGAUAUACAAACCUCUAUGCUGCGUUGCAGAACAUACAGUAAUUCCCGUUCCUACCAUCGUCCAGCGUCUUGCAGGGUACGCAAUCGUUCAGAUAUCCGCCGGAGAACAUCGCUCAACCGCCCUGACCGAGAGCGGUGAGCUCCUGGUCUGGGUGCGUCUUGACGGUAGACAGCUCGGUAUAGACCCUGCGGCGCUUUCAGCGGACGAUUGCGUCCGUGACGCGAGGGGCAACCCCCGCUACCUCAGGACCCCACAUGCUGUCCCCGGCAUCAGGUUCUCCACCAUUGGUUGCGGCACGGACCACAAUAUUGCCAUCUCAAUGGAGGGACAAGCAUACUCUUGGGGCUUCAGUAGCAGUUAUCAAACCGGCCUAGGCCCCGACACUGAUGACGAGAUCAUGACCCCUAGAAAUAUUGAAAAUACGGCCACCAGAGGUGUCAGGAUGACUUUCGCCGCUGCCGGUAGGUAGUUCUCCAUCCUCGCUGGAGUUCCCGCGGAUCCUGCUAAUUGCGGUUAUUCGUGUGCCGAUGCACAUUGUCAAUAAUGCAGAUACUAAUCAUGAUGAGGAGGUGGUGGAGGAGGGAGGGGAU